UUCUUUCCGACUGAAGAAAGAAGGACAUGGACAUCUUGGAUGACAUGAGGGUGCAAAUUAUCAGGAAAAUUUGAAAGUGAACUAAUCCUUUAAGAAAGUUAGUUUCUUGAAAGUUAGUCUUUUAUGUAAAAUAUCUUACUCAGGACAGUACUAAAUAAAAAAUAACAUGCAUAUUGUAUGAUCCCGCUUACUUUGUUAAAAUUAUUCACAUUUUCACAGAUUCUGCAAGGGGUUCACAAACUUUCAAGCAGCACUGUAUAAACACCAAAUGACGAAGGUCUUACGGGUGUGGAACGACAUGAGGUAGGUGGCGGAAAUUGACCUAAAGCAAGAAGAAGACCGAUUCGAGCACGAACUACACAAACACAGAAGCAGGAAACUACUCUCCAGUUCAGGAAAACGAAACGUAUCUGUCGUUCGGCUGUUGUUGGCUUAUCUCUGUCUGUGAGCGCAUGCAAUACAAUGGCAGAAAGCAGUAUUUCAGUGGCUCAGGAUCAGUUCAGCUGUUCAAUCUGCCUGGAUCUACUGAAGGAUCCAGUGUCCAUUGCCUGUGGACACAGUUACUGUAUUAACUGUAUUACAGGCUAUUGGGAUCAGGAUGAUCAGAAGGGAGUCUACAGCUGUCCUCAGUGCAGACAGACCUUCACUCCAAGACCUGUUUUAGGUAAAAACACCAUGCUGGCUGAAGUGGUGGAGAAACUCAAGAAGACAAAACGACAAGCUGCUCGUCCUGCUCAAUGUUACACUGGAUCUGGAGAUGUGGAGUGUGACAUCUGUACUGGAGACAAAAACAAAGCCAUCAAGUCCUGUUUGCUGUGUCUGGAAUCUUACUGUCAGACCCAUUUUAAACGUCACGAGGAAUUUCACUCUAGAAAGCGACACAAAAUGACUGAUGCCAUUGAAAGACUGCAGGAGAUGAUCUGCCCUCUACAUGACAGAUUGCUGGAAAUGUACUGUCGUACUGACCAGAUCUGUGUAUGCAUUCUAUGCAUGGCGAAUGAACACAAAACCCAUGAUACCGUAUCACCUGCUGAAGGGAGGACAGAGAAACAGAAACACUUGGAAGAGACCCAGAGGAAAUACCAGCAGAGAAUCCAGGAGAGACAGAAGGAGCUUGAGGAUCUGAGAGAGGCUGUGGAGUCUCACAAGCGCUCUGCACAGGCAGCAGUGGAGGACAGUGAGAGGAUCUUUACUGAGCUGAUCCGCUCCAUUGAGAGAAGCCGCUCUGAGGUGACACAGCUGAUCAGAGACCAGGAAAAGGUUCUUAUAAGUCAAGCUAAAGGACGACUGGAGCAACUGGAGCAGGAGAUUGAUGAUCUAAGGAGGAGAGAUGCUGAACUAGAGCAGCUUUCACACACAGACCAUCACAUCCAUUUCCUCCAGAGUUUCCAGUCUCUCUCUGUCCCUCCUGGAUCUACAAACUUGUCCGGCAUCACUGUCAGUUCUUGUCUUUCUUUUGAUGAUUUAAGAACAUUUGUCUCUCAGUUGGAAGAGAAACUGCAGCAUGCUUUUAAAGAGCAGAAAGAAAACUUAUUUGGAAUAGUGAGAUACAUCGAGAUGAUUCCCACCCCUGAAUACGAGAGCAGGAAUGAGUUCCUACAAUAUUACCAGCGGUUCACUCUGGAUUCAGAUUCAGCUCAUAAAUACCUCAGGCUCUCUGAGUUGAACAGGGUGGUUACUAACAUGAAGAAAGCCCAGCCGUGUCGUGAUCAUUCAGACAGAUUUACUCAUUUGUCUCAGGUGUUGUGUAGAGAGAGUGUGUGUGGACGCUGUUACUGGGAGGUUGAGUGGAGUGGUGUGGUGGAUAUAUCAGUGUCAUAUAAGAGCAUCAGAAGGAAAGGAUGGGGGGAUGACUGUGAGCUUGGUUGUAAUGAUCAGUCCUGGUGUUUGAUCUGCUCUGAAUCCAGUUGCUCAUUCGGUCACAAUUACAAAUUGACUGAACUCCCUGAAGUCUCCAGCUCGUCUAGAAUAGGAGUGUAUGUGGAUCACAGUGCAGGAACUCUGUCCUUCUACAGCGUCUCUGACACAAUGACCCUCAUUCACAGAGUCCACACCACAUUCACUCAGCCUCUCUAUCCUGCUUUUUUGGUUUGCUAUUAUGCACAAGUGAAAUUGUGUGAUUCAGCCUAACAGAUUACAGACCUUUUACACAUUCAGUGCUUUUCCACUAUCGGGUUCUGAGAAAUGUGAGGAUCGGUUCCUGUUGAAUCUCCACUUAAGCGCGGUUCUGCUUGGUAUUAUUGCAAACUGUUCUCGGUCCAGAUGAUUCUGCAAGUGCUGGUGGAACCCCUGUAGUGAUGUCAUGAUGCUUUUCUAGUAUAGUAGCAUGUGUGAACUUUCUACAUGCCUUAUUCAUCAGUGAUAAUAUGCUAGUUUGCUAAUUAAAAAUAUCAUUAAAUAUGUCAAUAUGUCAAGUUAAUAAACUUUUUCCUUUA